GGACGGAACGCUUCUUUCAGCAGCAGCAACAGUUAGUCCGCCACCUCCGUAGCUUGCUAGCCAAAAUAGCCGAACCCAUAAAGCUCUUUAGACGCUUUAGUGUAUAUUAGCCACUGUAUUUUAAACCCUUGUCUGUCGUCUAGUUAGUUAGUUAUCCGUUUUAAUUUCAUAUUUACGGUGUUGUUAUUAUUCAGCUAGCGGGCUGGUUAAGUUAGCAUUAGCCUAGCUAGCUAACAUCUCCGACCAUGAGUUCACUAAAUUACUCUCUUCCUGCUGAAGAAGAGACGGUCUGUUGGACGGAGAAAGAAGCUCUCAUCAAAGAGGAGGAGGAAGAGAAGGAUGUUACAAUACAAAAACAAGUAGAGGGUGAGGUUGUUACCCUGAAAGAAGAAGAGAAAGACGUUUCAGUGAAAGAAGAGGAAGACGUUACAGUGAAAGAAGAGGCGUUCAGAGUGAAAGAGGAGGAGGGUGUUACAGUAAAAGAUGAGGAGGUUUCAGUUUUUGAAGUGAAAGCGGAGGAGGGGGAGAAUACGGUCAAAUCGGAAGAAGAGGAGGAAGAAACUGAAUAUCUGGGCUCGAUUUCCCAAAAGCAAUUUAAGGCAUCCAGUGGUUCUAAAGAUGAACUUAGCCAUAAGAUGGUUUUGAGAAACCGGGCCGUGAUUACCACUGGAGAGAGACGGGACUACCGUGGGUCCUCUGGGGAGCCUCAACAACCUCAUGAUGCUGACGAGGCAGAGAAGAGUCUCUCCAGAUCAGAACACUUCAAUAAACACCAGCAGAGAUCCACAGGGAAGAGAACUCACUGCUGCUCUGACUGUGGGAAGAGAUUCACCUCAUCAGGCAUUACAAUUCAUCAAAGGAUCCACACAGGAGAGAAAUCUAAUAGCUGUGAUCAAUGUGGGAAGAGUUUUGGUCAAUCUUGCCAUCUGACUCAACACCAGAGAACACACACAGGAGAGAAACCUUCAGGCUGUGGUCAAUGUGGGAAGAGUUUUGGUCAAUCUUGCCAUCUGACUCAACACCAGAGAACACACACAGGAGAGAAACCUUAUAGUUGUGAUCAAUGUGGGAAGAGUUUUACUACAUCUGGCUAUCUGACAGUGCACCAGAGAACACACACAGGAGAGAAACCUUACAUCUGUGAUCAAUGUGGGAAGAGUUUUACUAAAUCCGGCUAUCUGACAGUGCACCAGAGAACACACACAGGAGAGAAACCUUUUAGCUGUGAUCAAUGUGGGAUGAGUUUUACUACAUCAAGCUCUCUGACUCAACACCAGAGAACACACACAGGAGAGAAACCUUAUAGCUGUGGUCAAUGUGGGAAGAGUUUUGUUAGAUCUGACCAGCUCACAGUACACCAGAGAAUACACACAGGAGAUAAGCCUUAUAGUUGUAAUCAUUGUGGGAAGAGUUUUACUACAUCUGGCCACCUGACUUCACACCAGAGAACACACACAGGAGAGAAGCUUUAUAUCUGUGACCAAUGUGGGAAGAGUUUUACUACAUCUAGCUCUGUGACUAAACACCAGAGAACACACACAGGAGAGAAACCUUAUAGCUGUGAUCAAUGUGGGAAGAGUUUUACUACAUCUGGCUAUCUGACAGUGCACCAGAGAACACACACAGGAGAGAAACCUUAUAGCUGUAAUCAAUGUGGGAAGAGUUUUAUUACAUCUAGCCACCUGACUUCACACCAGAGAACACACACAGGAGAGAAACCUUUUAGCUGUGAUCAAUGUGGGAUGAGUUUUACUACAUCAAGCUCUCUGACUAUACACCAGAGAACACACACAGGAGAGAAAUCUUAUAGUUGUAAUCAUUGUGAGAAGAGUUUUCCUACAUCUAGCCAGCUGACUUCACACCAGAGAACACACACAGGAGAGAAACCUUAUAGCUGUGAUCAAUGUGGGAUGAGUUUUACUACAUCAAGUCAUCUGAUUCGACACCAGAGAACACACACAGGAGAGAAACCUCAUAGCUGUAAUCAAUGUGACAAGAGAUACUCUGAUAAAAGGUGUUUGAUCAAACAUCAGAAAAUACAUACAUGAAGAAGUUGUUUCAUGAUAUCAAUGAAAUGAUGUCACAAUGUAGAAUGUUUUAACAUUGUAGUAGGAGUAUUUUAAUGAUGUCACAAUAUAGAAUGUUUUAACAUUGUAGAAGGAGUAUUUUAAUGAUGUUCUACCUUAUCCUUAUCGUUUACCCUGUUCAAUUGAUUGCAGCAUGAUAUGGAUAUUAGCCUCAGGGGAAAAUCCAGGCUCUGAAUUGAAAGAGUAUUAUUUAACAAAAAGUGACGAACUAAAAAACAGCUGUGUUACACUUACUGCGUUGGUGACCCACUUUAAUCAAAAUGCAGCACUUCAAAAUGUAGCCAGCUGUUUUCUACAAGUUGAAAAAGCUGCUUGUUUAAAAAAAUACAUGUAAUAUGAUAAUUGUUGCAGAUGUUUGUGUAUAUACACACAUGAAAGCAGUAUAAUAAAUUGUUCUAUAAUAAAUUUUUAUUAACAAUCGUUCAUUCUUAGAUGUGCUAACCCAAAUGCAUGACAUUGGGGCCCAAUCCAACAACAUGCCUAUCGAGUGAACCCUGAAAAGAGAGAGAGAAGUAAGGUGGAAAGUUACUACGGAUAUUGCAGGAGUUGGUUGCUGAUUGUCUCAAGGGUGGGCAGUCAGCAAGUUUUGCGUUUAGCCAGUGCGUUGCCAUGGGUCACUAUUUUGACUGCACGUUUUCCCCUAUUGGAGAUGGGUUUUGUUUGGGCUCGUUUCAAGGGAAAGAGAGUUCUAGAAGCUAGUUAGUUUUAGGUUUCUUUGUGGGAAAAAUAAAUAUUGUUUUUAAUUGUUGUUAGACAGACACCAUGUUUAUAUUGGUGAUGGUGAAGCAUUGUAGUUGAUUAUAAUGUGAAAUGGAAGUUGUUUUCUGUUGGUGGUGAGCAUUCUCUUAAGGUGUUAGUUAGUCUUUGGUUUUUCCAUUUAUGUUUUGAGGUUGGACUUUAGCACGUCUAGCUCGUUAGCACGUAGGACACACUGAUUGGUGUCACCCUGUUAGUCAGUAUUUGUUACACCUGUGCUGGCUUGUCCAUCUCGUUAGUGGGAAGGUGUUUCACCUGAGCUGGUCCAGGUUCUAUUUAAGAGUGUCUGGCCCAGUGCUCCAGUUGUCUUGAUAGAUGUGGAGAGUCAACACCUUUAGUUGCGCUACCUUUUUGGUUUGGUUCCUGUCUUAAAGUUUGGUUUGGGUUUUUCUUUUGUUUGCCUCUUCUUGGCAGAUUUAGUGGGUCUCAUGGUGGGUGUCUGUUAGGUCCCAGUUGUUGUUACUAGUCAACUUUCAGUGGACACUGAGAGCAAAAUGCAACAUUAUGUUAUAAUACUUUUAUUGCAUCAAAUGGUUGUUUUAUGCAACAGAAUAGAGGGUUCUUAGAACUAUUGUGUCUGUGUGUUCUACUGAGGAUGGGCCUCAAAGAGAAAACAUUGACAGGAGAUUUACAAUGUCUUUUGGGUGAUUAAAACCUAAAGAGACCACAUUCCAGGGCAUGAGUUAAUGUUUCUGUUCAAUAUGGUACCAGGGAGAGAUGAACCCCUCCUAAAAAAAAGAUACCUUGAAUUUUGCAUUGCAUCCAUUUAAUAUUUUAAUCAAUGGCAUUUCCUUAGGCUGCUCAUUAGUCUUUCAGUUGUUAGUCUUCUGUUUGUUGUGUACUAAAUAUUUCAUUUUCUUAAUUUGUUUUUUCUUGUGAAGCCAUUGUGUUGCAUCCAUGUCUGAAAUGUGCUGUAUAAAUAAAGCUUGAUUUGAUUUCAACAAAUGAA